CAUCAAUUUAAACCGGAUUUUCGAUUAAUGUUCAGGUUUUACUGUACUGUCAAGGAUAUUUAUUUAUAGUUCUCUGAACGGGUAUUUGAGUAUUUACUUAGGUUGACAUUACCAUGGCAGAAACUAUACCUGAAAUAAGUGAUGUAUUGAAGGAAGCAACAAAUUCUUUUCAACAAAAAUUUGGGUACAAACCAGAAAAGGCUGCAUACGGACCGGGAAGAGUAAAUUUGAUCGGAGAACACACGGAUUACAAUGAUGGAUUUGUUUUCCCGAUGGCAUUACCUCUGGUUACAUUGUUGGUUGGGAAAAAGACAGAUUCUGGGAUGUGUCGAGUUUUAACAUUAGCAAGCAUUGGAAAGGACAACUAUGUGGAGUUUCCUAUUCCAUCAAACAAAAAUAGUCUAUCACCUGGUGAACCAAUGUGGGCAAAUUAUGUCAAAGGAGUUGUGGCAAACUAUAAAGGACCAAUGUGUUCAUUUGAUGCUGUUGUUGUUUCAACUGUUCCUUUGGGAGGUGGAGUCUCUAGUUCAGCAUCAUUAGAAGUUGGAACUUAUACUUUUCUUGAUGAGCUAAAUGAUCUGAUAUUAGAUACAACUGUGCCAAAGACACAGAAAGCAUUAGCUUGUCAAAAAGCUGAACAUGAGUUUGCAGGGAUGCCUUGUGGUAUAAUGGACCAGUUUAUUUCAAUGUUGGCUAAGAAGGACCAUGCUCUUUUGAUAGACUGCAGGUCAUUAGAAAGCAAACUUGUUCCAAUGAAAGACUCCAGUGUUGUUGUUCUGGUCACAAAUUCCAAUGUGAAACAUCAGUUGACAGGAUCAGAAUAUCCAACUCGCAGACGACAGUGUGAAAUGUCUGCAAAGACCAUGGGAAAGAAAAGCCUUCGUGAUGCAACAGAAAAAGAUUUGGACGAAAACAAAGACAAAUUAGAUGAAGAGACAUUUAAACGUGUCCGACAUGUGAUAGGGGAAAUUUCACGUACAGAGGAAGCAGCAAAUGCACUUGAAAAUGGAGAUUAUAAAAAGUUUGGACAACUUAUGGUUGCAAGUCACAAUUCUCUACGAGAUGAUUAUGAAGUGUCGUGUGCCGAGUUAGAUGAGUUAGUAACGGCAGCAUUAGAAGUAGAUGGCGUGUAUGGUUCCAGAAUGACAGGAGGGGGAUUUGGUGGUUGUACAGUUACGUUAGUGAAGCAAUCAGCUGUCAAUAAUGCUAUUGAACAUAUACAGAAAAAGUUUAGUGGCAAAGCUACAUUUUUUGUAUGUCCACCAUCAGGAGGAGCCAAACCAGUCCCUGUUUAACACAAGUACCUCAUAGGGCUGUAAAAUGGACUUAUUGUUAUUAUCUUAAAGGGAAUUAAUCUCCUUAUUGUUAUAAAUGGUUAAUUUGAUUAAUUGGGAAUUAACUUAUUGUUAGUAUAUUAACUUGCUGACAGUGUGGCAGCUAGCUGUUGAAUCUCAAGUGUUUUUAGAGAAUACUGCUUUCAUACAUUGUUAAGUCUUGGAAUCUUUGUUUUGAUUGGAAUCUCAUUUAUAGAAAUAUAGCAAUAUUGUGUUUGUAAUAUAUAUGAACUUGGGUUUAAUUAAAAACUUUAUAUGGUUUUAUUA